AUGGAGAAUUUGGGGAACAAAAAUCAGAGGAAUAAUAUGCAAAAACAAAUUCCAAUUGAAAAGGAGGUUGCUGUUGUUGUGGAUAUUCCUGAUAUGGUUUCUAAUAAAUGGCCAGGUGGAAAGAAAACUGCUGAAGACAAGAUGCCAACUAUUUCUGUAACUAACAGAUAUGCUGUUUUGCUUGAAGACAUCGGGGAAGAACCACUGGAAAAAAUUGAGGAGAUUGAUAAACUGAAGAAUACGGAUACCCCCUACAAUGAGGAGGUUGUUGUUGCUGGAGAUACGGGUAUGGAAGUAGAUGAUCCAGGGGGUGUUUUGGUGCUUUGGAAUAACAAGAUUGUGUAUUUUGUGGUGGAGGAGACUUCUUCCCAAUUGAUUAUUGGGGACCUCUCGGUUCCUAGCCUUAGGUCUUGGAAGGAGGAGAAGAGAGGAGGUAAGAGGUUCCUUUUUUCCAAAGGGCCUGGAGAUAUGAAGUGUUUUAUGACAAACUCAGAUUUCCAUGAUGUGAGAAGCAUUGGACCAAGGUUUACAUGGUGCAACAACAAGGAAGGAGCCUCUCGAAUUUGGGAAAGGCUAAAUAGGUGCUUGGUGAACUCGGUUGCACUUCAAAAGCUUCCUUUUGCUCAUACUAGACAUCUAGCAAGAGUGGCAUCGGAUCAUAGUCCAAUUGUCUUCAAAUUGGAUGAAAGGGUGCGUCUCAAGGUGAAGAACAUCAAAUUUGAGGAUACAUGGAGAUCUUAUCCAGUGGCUAGGACUAUUGUGUACCAUUCAUGGAGGAAGAAUGAUUUUGGUGAUGAAGACUUAAAUGAGCUAAAGGAAAGUCUGAAAAGGGAAAUACUUGAACUUCAAAACAAAGAGGCUGUGGGAGAAGAUUGGUCAGGUGAUGAUCUUCUUGUGCUUAGAAGCAAAGUUCAUGAGCUUAAUGUGACAUUGAGGAGAUUAUCAACUUGGUGGAAUCAAAGGGCAAAAGCAAGGUGGCAUGAGGAAGGAGACACAAAUUCAAAGCUAUUUCACAAUUUUGCUACGGCAAGAAGGAAUGGUAAUAGGGUGGUUCAAAUUAAAGAUGUGCACAAUAACUUGCAAGAGGAAGAUGAUCAAAUUGAGAAGGUUUUCAUUCAGUAUUUUGAAGCAAAAUGGCAGUCCAGAACUUGUGAUUUAUUAGGUUGGCCAUCGGUUUCUGAGAACUAG